UCACCCCUCCCAGUUUUCCAGCUCCUGGACAUGAAAGUGUUCGUGGACACGGACUCUGACAUCCGGCUGGUGCGGCGGCUGCAGCGCGACAUCAUGGAGCGCGGCCGGGACGUGGCGGGGGUCAUCAAGCAGUACAACAAGUUCGUGAAGCCGGCCUUUGAACAGUACAUCGAGCCCACCGUGCAGGUCGCCGACAUCGUGGUGCCCAGGGGUGGGGAAAACUUUGUGGCGCUGGACCUCAUCGUGCAGCACGUGCACAGCCAGCUGGAGAAGCGUGAGAUCACAGUCAGGGCAGCCCUGGCCUCUGCUCACCAAGGGCAGCCUCUGCCGAAGACGCUGAGCGUGCUGGAGAGCACCCCACAGGUGCGGGGCAUGCACACCAUCAUCAGGAACAAGGACACAACCAGGGAUGAAUUCAUCUUCUACUCCAAGCGCCUGAUGCGGCUGCUGAUCGAACAUGCCCUGUCCUUCCUGCCCCUGAAGUCGGUCACUGUGGAGACGCCCCAGGGCACGACGUACGAGGGGAAGCGGUUCCACAGGCAGCGGAUCACCGGCGUGUCCAUCCUGCGAGCGGGAGAGACCAUGGAGCAGGCCCUGACCGCCGUCUGCAAGGACAUCCGCCUGGGCAAGAUCCUCAUCCAGACCAACCUGGACACGGGAGAGCCCGAGCUCCACUACCUGCGCCUGCCCAAGGAGAUCAGCGAGGACUACGUCAUCCUCAUGGACAGCACCGUGUCCACGGGGGCCGCGGCCAUGAUGGCCGUGCGUGUGCUGCUGGACCAUGACGUGCAGGAGGACAGGAUCUUCCUGCUGUCGCUGCUGAUGGCAGAGAUGGGGGUGCACUCCGUGGCCUAUGCCUUUCCCCGCGUCCGCAUCAUCACCACCGCCGUGGACAAGCGAGUCAACGAGGAGUUCCACAUCAUCCCGGGCAUCGGUAACUUUGGGGACAGAUACUUCGGAACCGAUGGCCCCUCGGGCUGGUGUGAGAGUGACGGCGUGAACUGCUGAGCUGGUCAGCCGUGGGGCCACUGGCCAGGCUGGCUGCAGGGCCGGCCCCCACCCCUGCCCCCCGGAGGGGCUCCAUCCUGCCAGCCUGUGCCCACCUGGCAGCCCCCGGCUCUCAGGACCUGCAGAACAAGCCCCUCGCUGCCGGCCUCCCUCCACCCCAAAGGACCAAUCCUCCCCAGGGAGGAGGAGGAGGAGGAGGGGGGGAUGGCCUCUCAUGCAGCCCAGGGAGAGGGGACAUUUCAGCACAUUCCUUGCCAUCUGAGCCCCCUGCCUCUGGGGCCCUGGCCAGCCGUGCCUCCAGAGGGAGUGGUGGUCUCCCCACAGCUGUGCCUGAGGGGCUGCUUACCCUCUCCCCAGGGGAGGAGGGGGACAGGGCCUGGUACCCACUGGGCAUUGGGCGAGCUUCGUGCCUGGAAUCCGUAUUUAUUUGUAUUUAUUGUGGGUAGCCCCAGGUUCCAGCAGGACCCCCGACAUCAGGGACUGGGACCUCACGUUCCCACUGCCUCCCCGCCGAUCCACACUCCAUCCCUGCCAGUCCGCACUCCAUCCCCACCCUGUGGCCCCGGGAGGAGCGGGGUUGGCAUCUGGCUGCUCUCCCGGCGGUGUCCCGGCCCCGGUGCGCGGAGCGGAGCCGCUGUCCCCGGGGGCGGCGAGGCGUCCCCGGCGCUGCCCUUGUCGCUCAGGUUCUUCUUCCAAAGGGCAGCGGCGGCCUCGCCCCGCCCCGGCGGCAGCGGGAGGCUCCGGGGCCGGGGCCGUGCCCCCCGCGCUGUGCCGGGGCCCGGCCGUGCCGUCACCCCCCGGGCUGCCCCCGCCGCCGUUUUGUACCAAUAAAGGAGCAGCGCGACCCCCGAGUGCC